UUGGUUAUAUACAAACUGCACCCAAACAUAAAUCGUCGCAAUCCCUAUAUUUAGGGAUUCCUAUAUCAAAUUUUGUGUAUAUAGUUCCGACUGCUGGUGCUGGGGCUUUCUACCGUCAACAAUGUUGGAAGACGAAAACAUAGAACCGACCACCAUUCAAAGUGCUUCUAAAGAGGGGGAAUAUGCUGCUCUGUUUUGGCCUGCAUUGAGAUUUGAUGAGCCUCCUCAGAGAUUAUACCAUUUCCAUCACCAGUUCAAACGUGCUUCUCAUUCUAACAGUUUUCUGAAAGGGGUCAAAUGGUCUCCAGAUGGGUCGUUUUUCCUUACAAAUUCGGACGAUAAUAAGCUUCGCUUGUUCGAUUUGCCAACUAAUCCUGAUGGCAGUAUUUCUGAUCAAUACAAUACAACUGGCAGCACUUUGGUCUCUGCACCUUCUGAUUCAUAUGAUGCAAAAGUCAUAGUGCAUGAGGGAGAAUCGGUGUAUGACUAUUGUUGGUACCCCUACAUGAGUUCUUCAGACCCAACAACUUGUGUUUUUGCAACUACCACAAGAGACCAUCCAAUUCAUCUCUGGGAUGCCGUUUCUGGUCAGCUUCGAUGCACGUACAGGGCCUAUGACUCUAUGGACGAAAUUGCGGCAGCUUUUGCAAUUGCCUUUAAUCCAGCAGGAACAAAGAUUUUUGCAGGUUACAACAAGGCUCUAAGAGUGUUUGACGUACAUCGGCCUGGCCGAGAUUUUGAGCACUAUUCAACUUUCACGAGCAAUAAAGAUGGACAGACAGGCAUUGUCUCCAGUAUUGCCUUCAGUCCUGCAUAUAAUGGGAUGCUUGCAGCAGGAUCCUACAGUCAAACUACUGCGAUCUAUGUGGAAGAUAAUAUGGAGCUUCUAUACCUUUUACAUGGCCAAGUAGGUGGAGUCACACAGGUCCAGUUUUCAAAGGAUGGGAAUUAUCUAUACACUGGUGGACGAAAGGAUCCCUAUAUAUUAUGCUGGGACGUUCGCAAUACAGUUGACAUUUUAUACAAGUUAUACAGGUCAUCAGAAAAUACAAAUCAGCGAAUAUCUUUUGACAUUGAGCCUGGUGGGAGGCAUCUUGGCACUGGUGGCCAGGAUGGACAAGUACACAUAUAUGACCUUCAAACAGGAAACUGGACUGCAAGCUUUCAAGCUGCAUCUGAUACUCUAAAUGGGUUCUGUUUUCAUCCAUAUUAUCCAAUGGCGGCUUCUUCAUCGGGGCAUAGGAGAUUUGGGGUGCCAGACAGUGAAGAGGAUCUAUGUUUGAGUGUUGAGGAAAAUUGUGUGUCUGUGUGGAAUUUCUCUUGCACAUGGAUUACAAACAAUUCUGCAUACAAAGACGAUGAAGAAAAUGGCAUUCCAGUUGAACACGAGGACUUGGAUUCCAUCGAUCAGAACCCUGAUGUUUUGGAAGCCCAUUGAUGCAAUGGUUCCAUUUAUACUGUCCUUAUCAAGUGGCAAGGAUUAUUCAAUUUUGUAAUGUCAUUUUCUCUUAAUUUAUUUGAUGUGUGCUAAUUCCCAAUACCUGUGUACGGCGCCCAAGUUUUCACAUAUGAUAAUUAGGCAAUAAUUAAGCUUCUGGACUUAAGAUCUCGUGGCCAACUUUCUUUGAAGUGGUUAAUAAAAUGCUCAAGAAAUUGUGGAUUC